UAAAAGAAGAAGAUCGAGAUUUCUUGAGGUUCUUGUGGUUUCAGGACAAUGACCUGUCCAAAGACAUUAUCGAGUACUGUAUGAGGGUUCACGUCUUUGGGAACGGUCCCUCUUCUGCAGUUGCCAUCUACUGUCUUAAGCAGUCUAUAAAGGAGGGCGAUCCUUAAGUAAAGCAUUUUGUGAACCAUGAUUUCUAUGUAGAUGAUGGUCUGAAAUCUCUCCCUACAGUGGAAGCAGCAGUCAACCUUCUUAAAAAGACACAAGACACACUCUCUGAGUCUAACUUGAGACUACAUAAAAUUGCCUCAAAUAAGACAGAAGUCAUGGAUGCAUUCCCAUCACAAGACCAUGCUGCUGAUCUGAAAGAUCUGGAUUUCGAAUCUGACCUUCACUCCUUACAGCGCACCCUAGGUCUUAACUGGGACCUUAAGUCUGAUACCUUUAACUUUGGGGUGGCCAGUGAAGAAAAGCCCUUCACUCGUCGGGGUGUCUUAUCAAUUGUGAACAGCAUCUAUGACCCUCUGGGUUUCAUCGCUCUAGUCACAAUUCAUGGGAAAGCAAUUCUUAGAGAGCUUAUGCAGCAGAAUAGUGAUUGGGACUCCCCCCUCCCUGAAGAGAAGGAAGAGAUGUGGCACACAUGGAGGCACUCACUAAAGGAUCUGAGCAGCCUUAAGAUUUCAAGGCCUUACACGAAAAUUUCCCCUUUAGAUGCAACUCAGCGUGAGUUGUGUGUUUUCUCUGAUGCAUCGAUUAAAGCAAUUGCUGCAGUGGCUUACCUCAAACUGACUGACACGGAUGGAACCAGCCAUGUUGGCUUUAUCAUGGAAAAAGCAAAGCUCACCCCAAGUCUUGAACAUACAGUGCCCAGGCUAGAGUUAUGUGCUGCAGUUCUAGCUGUGGAACUAGCCGAGCUCAUCUCCUCAGAGAUUGACAUCCACCUAGACACUACUACCUUCUACACAGACAGCAAAGUAGUACUGGGAUAUAUUUAUAAUAAAACUAGGCGCUUUUAUGUCUAUGUUAGUAAUCAAAUCCUGCGAAUACGAAGAUACUCUCGUCCAGAACAAUGGCAAUACGUACUUACGGAUCAAAACCCGGCAGAUAUUGCUAUGAGGUUUGUCACUCCAGCCCACAUUCUAGACACCAGCUGGCUACCUGGGCCAAAGUUCUUAAAGCACCCUUUUCAAGGAACUUUCAAAGGGAAGAUCUUUCAACUUGUAAAUCCUUCAUUGGAUACAGAAAUCCACCCUCAGGUUCUUACUCUGGAUACGACUGUGAUGAGUGGACAACUUGGGUCCCAGCGUUUUUCCAAAUUCUCUAGCUGGAGAUCACUAACUCGUGCCAUUGCUCGACUUAUUCAUAUUGCUCUGCUCUUUCACAAGAAUCCUGAAGCCAUGCCCAGCAGCUGCAGAGGCUGGCACUGCUGUGAUGCAAUAUGCUAAGUUAAAGAUCUCUCACAAUCUAAGAGGAUCAUAAUACGUUCAGUUCAAGAGAAAGUGUAUGCUCAAGAGUAUACCAGUUUACAAAAGAAGGAGAAGCUUCCCAGGGGCAGUCCUCUUAAAACUUUAGACCCUAUCAUUGAUGCACAUGGCCUCAUUAGAGUAGGAGGCCGACUCAUUGCGGCAGAGCUUCCAUAUGAUGAAAAAAGACCCCUCAUUAUUCCAGGGAAGCACCAUGUAGCAAACCUUUUGAUCAGGCAUUACCAUGAAAAAAUUUAGCAUCAAGGUCGGCUGUUUACAGAAGGUGCCAUACAUACUGCUGGACUCUGGAUAGUUGGUGGUAAGAGGCGCGUGAGCAGCUUCAUUCAUGGAUGUGUUACUUGCCGCAAGCUUCGUGGGUCACCUCAGAUACAAAAGAUGUCCAACCUUACAGCAGAUCGUCUUUCCAUAGAACCUCCAUUUACAAAUGUUGGCCUGGAUGUUUUUGGUCCAUGGACUGUGUCUUUGCAUCGCACAAGAGGUGGACUUGCUCAAAGUAAACGAUGGGCUAUGAUAUUUACCUGCUUAAGUGUGAGAGCUGUACAUAUUGAGGUUAUUGAAACUCUUAACACUUCAAGUUUUAUCAAUGGUCUCAGACGUUUUCUUGCCAUCAGAGGUCCAGUGAAACUUAUCCGUUCUGAUUGCGGAACUAAUUUCAUCAGUGCUUGUAAAGAGUUGAAGAUUUCCAGUAACAUUGACAAUCACACUAUUGAUAAGUUCCUUCAGGAUGAGGGCUGUGUUUGGAAAUUUAAUCCUCCCCAUGACUCUCACAUGGGAGGCUCUUGGGAAAGGAUGAUUGGGAUAGCAAAAAAGAUCUUAAAUUCUAUGUUCCACCAACUUGGUCCUUCGAAGUUGACUCAUGAAGUACUUACCACCUUACUGUCAGAAGUAGCCGCUAUUAUCAACUGUAGACCUCUUGUUCCAGUAUCUACUGAUCCAACUGACCCUAUGAUUCUUACACCAGCAACUCUUCUCACCCAGAAAGUAAAUCCUCUUUCAGUCCCUGCUGGCGAUUUUAGGUUCAAAGACCUGCACAGACAUCAGUGGCGCCAAGUACAGCACCUGGCUCAAACUUUUUGGGACAGAUGGAAAAAACAGUACCUCUGUUUACUCCAACCACGUGGGAAGUGGCAGUCCCCUCCACCAGACAUUGAGCCUGGAAGUGUCGUGCUCCUUAAAGACGAUCAUCUCAGAAGAAAUGAAUGGCCCCUGGGAAUGGUCACACAAGUUUUUCCCAGCGAAGAUUGUAAAGUCCGUAAGGUGGAGAUUAAAGUCUUUACAAAAGAGGGGAUAAAGUUUUUUAUUCGGCCUGUCACUGAGACUAUCAUCCUCCUUGAUCCUUCUGAAAGACCAUUAUAAAUAUGUUAUUGUUACAGACUGUUCGGUAGUGACGUUUAAUCACGCCAGACGGGGAGUGUUCUG